AUUUAUAAUUCAUGACGAAAACUUUUCAAUAAUAAAUAUUGACACAUUAAUUGUUACUUAAAAAAAAACUUAAUUGUUCUUACGUUUCCAUUCAAACAGGAUGUUGACAAUUAAUUACGAACGACCUAUUCUUCACAAUGCUCUUUAUUGUUAACUACACUUGUAUAAAAAGAUUUCCUGAUUGUAAUUGUAUCGAACGAAUUGAAUUUAUUUCCUGUCAAUAUGAGCAUUACAAAAGACGAGGAAAAUUAUUGGGACGACAUCGAAAAAAAUUUUUUCUGCUUCGAGAGUAACGAGGUAGAUCAACCGUUCGAAGCUUCAGAUAUUAAAUCAGAGAUUUUGGGUACUGAUGUUUCCUUCCUCUCAACAUCUAAAAAUUAUAUCAAAUCUAAUAAUGAUUUAGAAAAUUUGAAACCUCUACUUUCUGUCAUUUCUGAAAAAACACUUCAUUGCAUUUUAGCUUUAGAUAAAAUCCAAAAUAUAGAUCAACGACCCAAUGACGACGUUCAAACACAACCAGAUGUUACUCUUAGAAGGAUAUUAAUGGGACAAUCUUAUUCAUUGGAACAGUACAAAUCAUUGGCUAGCAAGACAGCAUUAUUAGAUUCAGCUGUAAAAAGUGGAAAUGGGAAUGCCAUAUUAAUAAUAGUUCUGUUUCUUAUAAAAACUUUGAAGAAAUCUUUAGUUUACCGUCUAUUAGCUGAAAGACCAGAAGUAGUGAAUGUGUAUAUACAUUAUCUCUCUACUAAAUUACAAACAAAUGAAAUUACAGACAUUUUAUCAAUGCUAGGUCAAUUAGUAAAUUCUGCAAUGAUAAAUCUGCACAUUAUUCUAAAGAAUACUCAAGAUUGUGAUAAAUUACUGCAAAAACUUCGUAACUGCUACAAGACACAAUUCUUAAAUUUAGUUGAUUGUAAAGAAACACAGUUUCUUCAUUCUUAUAUUCAAUUGUUAGAGUGGCAUGUGGCAUUAAGAAAUGCAGAGAAUAGUGAAAAAAUAGAGGGAAAUUGGUCGGUUCUUGAUUUUUUACGUUAUAUAUGUAAAAACGAUAAACAUUCCUCGCAGUCAGCUGUCAUGUUUUCUCAACAACAUGAUAUAUCGCCUAAGCAAUACCAAAAAAUAGUAAUUGAGGUUAAAGCAUCGCUCGGCGAAUGGGAAACUAUUGAUCGUCUACUUUUGACAAAAGGCUGGCUUGGAAAUAAAAAAUUACAAACAUCUCUGCCCAUAGAGGAUAUUGUUAAAUUAUUCCACAGAGCACAGGCACCGCUUGAUAUUCUUGAACAAUAUUUAAAAUAUGUAGACAAUAUUGACAAACGUUUAGAACUAGCCAAAUCUUUCAAUUGUUACAGAAUUGCCAUAGAUAUUUUUGUGAUGCAAGGAGAUCAAACGGCAUUGCUGGAAUAUAAAAGGAAACUUCAGCCACAAUCGGAAGAAUAUUUUUAUGCUACAAGCGCUUUGCGUAUUCCUUCGGUCAAGUGGAAAAAUUAAUAGUUCUUUAUUAUUUCAAAUAUUAUUCUAAUAUAAUCCUGCAAAUUUGGUUAGGUCGUACACGUACCACUGUACAUAUAUUUAUUAAUAUUUUCUCCCUUGAUAAUUAUGAUU